AUGCACUCGCCGGCUCUCGCUGUUCUUCUCUCCGCCGCCCUUGUGGCUGGCCAGACCAACACCGAACUCCAGACCCAGUUCCCUACGGCCGCCAGCUCAACUGCAUUGCCUGCGGUCCGCACAAUUGCCGCAGGUGAGACCUUCGAUGGCGGGAUGGCUGAGUGGGAUCGCAGCCCGUCGACCUGCCAAGAUCAGACCGAAACCGGUGACAAGGACGCCGUCUUCAUUCUCGAGGAGGGCGCCACCCUAAGCAAUGUCAUUAUCGGACCCAACAACGGCGAGGGUAUCCACUGCAAGGGCACCUGCACGCUCAACAACAUCUGGUGGACUAAAGUCUGCGAAGACGCCGCGACCUUCCUCCAGUCCUCGGGAACCUCGUACGUCAACGGCGGCGGCGCGCGCGGCGCGUCCGACAAGGUACUCCAGCACAAUGGCGGCGGCACGGUGGCGGUCAAGAACUUCUUCGCCAGCGACGUCGGGAAGGUGUACCGGUCGUGCGGCAACUGCGACUCGAUGCAGGAGCGCCACUCAACUUUCACCAACAUCCGCGUCGACGGCGCCAAGGUGGUGGCGGGCAUCAACAUCAACUAUGGCGAUACCACGACCAUCUCGGACUCGUGCCUCCUCGACGGUGCGGAUUGCUGGUUGUAUGAGGGUAAUGAGAGCGGAGAGGAGCCUACCAAGGUGGGGAGUGGCCCGGAUGGAAAACAAUUCGUCAUGUGUGAAGACGCCUGGAUCUAUUGCCGUCAUAUCCUCGUCCGAGUACACGUAGGCAGUGGUCACCGAGAUGAUCCGGAUGCCGUCCUCGCGCGCCGCCAAAAUAGCAUAUUGCAGAAUGGUGUCUUUGGCACGGUUAAUCUUGAACCUGUCGUUUUCCAGGACUUUAUGGAGAUGCUAGUUCUGGAGAUCGAUGAUCAGGAGCGCGGGAUCAACGACGAUAAGCGUCAGCGCACACCACAGGUUCAAUUGUCGCUGGAUGAACUCUGGGGAUGGAGGGUUGAGUGA